AGUUGAUCGAACGAACAAAAAUUGAAAUGGAAGAAAUUUUAUCAAAUAAAAACAUACUUUGUGAUAUAUUUAAAUUUAUUAAUUUAAAAGAUUUAUUGACGGCAGCUAAAGUCUGUAGAGUAUUUCGCACUGUUAUUAUUGAAUUUAUAUUGAAAAAUACAUAUACAGAUGUGAAAGCCUAUAAAACGGAAGACUGCUACUAUAUUGUGUCAAAUAAAGUCGAGGAGAAAUUUAAUCCAACACCACAAAGAGAAAAUCGAAUAGUUUUGAAUGCAACUGAUUUCUGGGAAUUUUUGAAUUUGAAUACAAACAAUAUUCAAAUAUUAUCACUACAAACUGAAACAUCUGACAAAGAAUUAAUGAUUGAAGAAUUAAAUUGUGAGAAGUUUUUUUAUAACUUCCACAAUAGAAUAUUGAGUAACUUAAAACAUCUAAGAAAAUUAACUUUGAUUUCAACAAAUAGUUUUCUCCUUACGAAGAAAUUCUUUAUUACAUUGACUAACUGUUGUUCUGAAUUGCAGUAUCUAUGUUUACAGUAUUGUAAUGUUAAAGAAUUUACACCAGUUUUUACACUACAUGAACUUGAAUUAAGACACUGCAAUGGUUUUACUUGGAAUAAUUUUCAAACAAUAUUAAGUCAAAUGAAUUUACAAACAUUUACUUCCUAUGCUACUCGAUACACGGGUAAAGGGGAAUACUUUGAUAUUGACCCAAAUUUGAAACAUAUUAGUUUACAUUACAGCAUCGUCAACAAUAUUAAAACCUUAUUUUGCAGGAACCAAGCAAAACUUAAAAAUCUAAAGUCGUUGGAUUGGUCAGUUGAUUACUCUAAACAGUCUUGGAUUAAUUCCACAAAUUGUCCAAAUCUUGAAAGGUUAAAGUCAAAACCUAGAAAUUUAUUAUUUGACAACUUGUCUGGUUUUAUGUCUUUACACUCUUUAAUACUAGAUGUGAAUAACGAUUUGACAGAUUCGGAUAUAGUUCAAAUUAUCAAACAUCCAACAUUAAAUAGUUUUACCAUCAAUACUACCAAUUAUAAUUGGCUUAUUGAUACUUAUGAAUAUAAUAGCAGUUAUGAAACUGAAUGGGCCAAUUUUACAACUAAUCUGUUGCAUAUAAAUCUUUCUUACCACAAAACAUUAUCUUCCCUGUUGCACAAUUGGUUUAAUUUGUUGGUUAAAAAUAGCAGAUUAUCUCUAAAACUAAAAUUUCGCAAUUCAAUCGAUAUUAUUCCUUUUGAAGAUAUUUUUUGCCAUCCCAGUUUUCUGAGGCAUUUAAAAUCAAUCAAUAUAUGUGGCUAUAUUAUUGAUUGCGGUGAAUUCGGAAGAAACUAUUCCACUCUUAUUGAUAAAGCGGCAAUUAUACUAGAAGAUAUUCGACUGAAUGAAAAUGAUCGAUAUAUUAAGGAGUGAGAUCGAAAAAUUCUUAACAUACAUAUAUGUUUAUAA